UUCCGGGCCUGGAUUGGCUGCGCGCGCUCGCUCCCUCCUGGCGGUGCUCCCUGCGGGUAGAGGCAGGAGCUCCCUCCAUCACCCCGCAGCUGGCGGGUGUCCACUGAGGCUGAACGGGGCAGGAACAGGACCAGGGCCGGAGCCCGUGUCUGGGUCGCUGGGAUACGGAAGCGGGAGUCUCGCCCGCCCGCCCCUCCCUCCGCCAGCGAGCAGGGGACCAUCUCCCGGGUGGAGCUCCUGCUGCUCCUACGCGCCGCCUGGGGAGCCGUCCAGCCCCGCGGGCUGGCAGCAGAUCUGGACAUGAAGAGCUGCCCGUCCAGGGAGGGCGCGGGGACUGCCCCAGCCGCCCGGUGACGGAGGGCCCCCUCCCUCCCGCGUGGAGGUCUGACUCGCCAGCAAGAGGCAGCCACCAGAGGAGGCUCCCCUUCCCUCCUCUCGCUUUUGGGGAGGUGCUCUUCAGGGGGUGCGCCAGCCACCUCUGACCCUCGCAGACCCAGGGCGGAAUUCGCCGGCAGCCACCAUGGUGCAAAAUGUAAUUCUAGUGUUUUUCCGCAGACGGCUGAGCCAAAGACCCGCCGUGGAGGAACUGGAGAGAAGAAACAUCCUGAAACAAAGGAAUGAUCAGACGGAGCAGGAAGAAAGAAGAGAAAUCAAGCAAAGAUUGACAAGAAAGCUUAAUCAGAGACCCACGGUUGAUGAACUGAGAGACAGAAAAAUUCUGAUACGAUUCAGUGAUUACGUGGAGGUGGCAAAGGCACAAGACUAUGACAGACGGGCCGACAAGCCCUGGACGAGACUGUCGGCAGCAGACAAGGCAGCGAUUCGUAAAGAACUGAAUGAAUACAAAAGCAAUGAAAUGGAAGUACACGCAUCAAGCAAGCACCUGACAAGAUUCCACAGGCCAUAGAGAUUUUCUUCUGAGAAGAAUUGUGUUUAAUUUUUGAUACCAACACUGAACAUUCAUCAGGGAACUUUCCUGACGCUCAUGACCACCUGCUGUGUUUGCGAAGGAGCAGGACCACAGGCAGGUGAAAUGUGGGUCGCUCUCACCUGUAAGAGGAGGAAGCGGGGGACGGCCUCCACUCUCUGGUGUCUGAGGAGUGUGAACAGUUGGGGUCGAUACAGACCCCAGGAACUCUCCCAGAAGAAAACUCAGUUUUGCUUUGCAGCUCUGCGGUGCGGAGGAGGAUGCGGUGUGCAUGUGCAGGUCACCGCCGAGGCUCUGAGUGCCGGACGAGUGACGCAGCGUCGUCAGUACCAUGUGGCCGAGACGUUUUUAUUCUGAUCACGAUUAAUUUGAGACUCCUUAAGUUCCUGUUAUACAAAAUGAUUUA